AUGCUUGUUUUCAUUGCUCUUUUUGUUUUGUCCUCUAUUGAGGCUUCAUCUCGCUUCGCUGAUGAUUCGCAUUUGAUGACAAGAAAUCGUCGUCAAGCUUAUUAUCUCUGUGGAGUUCAUCCCAACAAGUACUAUAGUACUGAUCCCUGCCCAACUAGUGACAUGUGUACUAACGGUGGAAGAUAUCUGAAUGUCGGUUGCACAUCAUCCGCUCAAUGUACUCCAUACUAUUCUGGGACUUCAACAUGCAUCAACUCAUGUUGUUGUACAGUGCCAUCUAACCCCACUCCUCCACCAAACAACUUGAACAGAUUCGGUUAUUGUCCAUCUGGUCAAUUAUCUGAAGUCAGAUGUAGCGGACGUAAUCAAUGUCCCUCAGGCCAUGUAUGCAUGACAGGUCUGUGUUGUGCCGCUACUUCCAACGAUUUUCAAGAAGCAUGUGGUAAUCAGAUGGCCUUAGGUGUAUGUACUGGCGGCUCAUGUAACGUGGGAAUUUGUACAGCCUCCAAUUAUUGCUGUGAGUGCAGCGUUGGACGUAGCGGUGGAAGAGCCCAAAAUGGAUUCUGUGCAGCUGGCUAUUCCAGUAACAGCAUUGGAUACUGUUGUCCAACCUGUCCCGGCAACACAAUGCCAUUCGGUACAUGCCGAAAUGGUGUUUGUGGAGGUGGACGUACAUGUCGUGCAGGAAAUAUAUGCUGUUGA